GAUUUCGAGGCUUUAUAUGAUGCUGAAUAAGAUGAGAAUAUCAAAUCAAAAACCUAAAUUUUGACGAGUGCUUCGAUUGCUCGAUCGGUGCUUGAUGGGCUCGUGGGUGUUCUCUUAAGAUGCCAGUUAUUCCGAAAAGUUAGAUCUUCAAAUUUUUACUUAUAAACUUGUUGUGCCUAGAGAGUGCUAAAGAAAACUACCUUCUAUAAAAUAAUUCACAAACUUUGAAGGAAGCCUUUUCGAAAUACAUAGCUUCCAAAAUAUGCAUGUUCUACACAUUGUAUAUAAGUUAUGGCUUAUUUUCGAAAGCUCUUUAUUCCUGAACGACUUUAUUCGAUAAUUCUGAAAUUUCAUUUUGGGAGCUAGUUCAGUUAAGGUUUAUACAUGCAGAAAUUUUCAGGUGAAAAUUCAAAGAUUCAAUGUUUGAAGAAGCUUGUGGUCCUAAAGGAUUCACUAGAAUUCCUAUAUCUUUCAAAUUUGAUAACCUAGCCAAAUCCUCUUGGACUCUUUACUAGAUCAGUAUGUGCGAUCGAUGGGCAAAAAAAACUUUGAAAUCAGAAGAGCGCCCCUGACCGAUUUUCUCAUAAGUAACAAUUUAAACACUGUUUUUUACUUUUAGUCCAUAUGAGAUUCGGGCAUAUAAUGAUCAGUUGUUACAAUUGGAACGAGCUUUUUUAAAUCCAUUAGGACGAGGAGCAGAUUACACUGAUUAUAAACACAUAAUUUAUGCACCAGCUAAAGUUGAUAAAUAUGCUGCUGCUGGUUUGCCAACUAUUGGUGAUGCACUUGCUACUGGCAAUCAAAUAGAAAUCGAUAAAGAAAUAGCUAUUGCUGCUUAUUUUAUACGAGGAGCUUUAUCAAUAUUAAAACAAUUUGAUAAAUUUAUUUCAUAA